UUGUAUAUGUCAAAAGUAGAAUUGUGAGGUUACGUUGACGAUUUUCAUAUAUUGAUUUACACAAUAUUAAAAUAAUUUUUCCCACUGAAUUGUUAUUAAAAAAAAAUGAUAGAAUCCUGUCCAAGAAAACGCAUGCUUUUGGGUAUAACAGCGCUUGGAGCAUUAACAAUUUUCGUUUUAAUCGCGGAAUCGCACUGGACACAGCAGACUAAUAACACCAGAAAACGGAUAUUUCGAGUGGAGCAAAACUCGACUUGUUUUGAACGGGAGAAAUACGAAAUUAUUAGCGAAUGUCAGCCAUGCACAGACUUUGAAAUUACUAGCAAAAGUAUCGGGGUGUGUAUACACACACAUUACAAAGAGGUGUUGAAGUGUGCGAGUGGGGAAAUGGUGACGAGAAGUUGUGACAAAGUUGCUUAUAUUGAAGAACAGAAGUUUUGGAAAUUUGAAAGCCUUAUGUUUGUACCCGCCUUACUUUCAACUAUUUCCGUGUACAUUAGAAAGAACGUGUUGUAUAAGAGAAUGGUGCAAAGAGUACAAAGACAGUUGGCAAGUAGCGUUUAGUGAUGGCUGAUAUAUACAUAGAAGCGGGUGUCAACAAGGAUUUGCUUGCUGUAACUCUAGAAAGUUUGAUUACAAUUCACGUUUAUAAACUCUGCAAUAGUAAAGAGAUUACCCUGAA